AUGGAGUUCCUGCAAGCGAGGUGGGAAGAGGCAGAUACAAUAAUCGAUGAGAGGCAAGCUGAAGCCGAUCUGGAGUGUGCCAAAGACAUUAUGGACGCAUCCAAAGAGUUCGAAAAUGCCGCUUUGCUUCCCGAAGCCAAGGAAACCUUCAAAGCGGCCGAAGAGCAGCUGCAGAAAGCCAAAGCUGCAAGGAGGGAAGCAGCUGCCGAAAUGAGGAGGCUCGAAAAAGAUUCGGAAUACGGUGCCCUCAGCCAGGAGAUUCGACAAAGCCUCGAUGAAGAAAUGGCCAAUCUUUUCAACAUCCACCGGUCGAGCUGGCAUGGUGGAGCCAUG